AUGUGCUGCCACCUAGCGGCGCGCUCCACUCCGAGCCACAGACUACGAGCGAGCGAUACGUUUCUUUAUACGGAUAUUACUCAAGGACCUGAAGCAUCAGCUUUUUGUUCUGUGGUUCCAAUACGCGAUUGCCGAGCGCUCGCCUUGGAAGGGAGUAUUCUUUGGCAUUGGCUCGGCUUGAGUCUGCUCGAGUGGCUCGAGGUCUCGAUGCUCGAGCCGACUCGGGCCGACUCGAGCACGACUCGAGCUCGUAUCGAGCCCGUAGCAACGGGAAAAUUUCACAAGCAGCCAUCCAUGACGCAGUCGACUUACCCGCGCGGCGCCCCGUCCGACAUGUCUUUAAAAUGGCGCGCUGGCCUUUCGUUUUUGAACGUCGUUAUCAGAGCGGCGUGUGAUAACAGCGAACGCUCGCCCGAGCAGAAUCGUAUAACAAACGAAAACAAACCCACGCAUCGCUCGCAAAACGUUACUGAGACGCCACCUACAGGAGAGCGGACGACCGAAAUCAACUUCAUAACAAUUAACGAUACGUCCCCCGCCUCUAAAUUCCUCGCCGGGAGCGUGCCGCCGUCGCCGUACGUCGCGAUAGGACUCCUUCGCAUAGAUAGAAUAGAGAGCGGUUUCCGAACGCACCCGGCCGCUGUGUGUGUGUGCGUGCGGCGUGUAGCGACACGCGCGCCUGUGUGCGCCUGUCCGUGUGCACGCACACAGCCGCGCGGCCGCCGGGGCUCGGGCUCGGGCUCCGAACGAGGCUCGGGCUGCGCAGGCGAGGCUGGCCGUGGACAGGCCGGCCGCUCGGGACAAAGAGGUCGCGUUGCGUCAGCGGAGCGCCGGCGGACGUUGCCGCCGCGACGCCCGCAUCAUAACACUACCACAUACCACGACUCAGUCUACAACAACGAAAACUAUGAUCCAUACCCACCAACCACUAUACUUAACAUAGGAUCUACUAUGAUAGAACAGAAACCCACUAAAACCGAAAUACCGAACUCGACUAAUGAGUCCGAAAAUAGGGAGCCCCGAAUAACGACCUUAACGCCUCGUAAUAAGGUCGACGUGGAGUUUGAUUUAAUACAUCAGACGGAGUCAAAGAGCAGAGAUAGAGAUAAAAACGAGGAGGAAAACAUCGACGCUCUGCGACAAGCGAUACGACUUACAGUACGGCCGUCUUGA